AUGGCCUACCAGCCUUCGUACCCCCAGCCAGGCUACCCUGGCCAGUCUUCGCCUUCCGGAUACCCUGCCCCUAGUCCCGGAUACCCCGGUCAAGCACCAACCCCUGGCUACCCCGGACACCACCACCAGUCCUCUUUCUCUGGCAGUGCUCCUCCACCCGGACCACCACCCUCGCAUGGUGCGCCACCCCCGCAGGCCGCCGCCGGUGCGUCGAACCUGCCCACGACUGGCCAAAUCGAGGGCGUGCAAUUCCGCAUCGACCACCGCGACAGCAACUCGAUGCUCUACCUGCGUCUGCAGCCGGGCGCCGAGGUGAAGGCAAAGCCGGGUAGCAUGGUGGCUAUGGACGCCACCGUCAAGAUUAAGGGAAAGCUGAAGUUCAGCGUGAAGAAGCUCCUCACAGGCGGCGAGAUGUCCGAGUCGAUUUUCACCGGUCCCGGCGAAGUCAUGGUCGCGCCUGAGACCUGGGGCGACAUUGUGCCCAUCCACCUCGACGGCCGCACGCAAUGGAGCGUCGGGAGAGACGCGUAUCUUGCGUGCACGAUGGGCGUCUCGCGCACUACUAAGUCGCAGGGCGUUGGGAAGGCGCUAUUCUCCGGGGAAGGCCUUUUCGUGCACAAUGUAGUGGGCGGCGGCAUGAUGUGGGUUACGAGUCUGGGGGCGAUAUUCUCGCAGACGCUGCAGCCUGGCGAACAGUGGAUCGUGGACAACGGCCACCUUGUCGCGUGGACGGCCAAGUACAAGGUCGAGCGCAUCGACGCGGGCGGGUUCUUCUCCGGCUCGCACACCGACGAGGGCCUCAUCUGCCGGUUUACCGGCCCCGGGAUUGUGUACAUCCAGACGAGGAACCCCGAGACUCUCGGAGAGUGGAUAAGAGACCAGGUCCCUCAAAACUCGUAAGGUGUUCGUAGACUCGCAGUCCAGAAUAUCCCGUGU